AUGGAAACUGUGUCAGAUGGUGAUAAUCAACCUCAGAGCCUGGAAAGUACAUGGAAGCCAUUAUUCGAAAAAUUCUACAAACAUAUGGAAGCAGAAAUAGCAACUCUAUCCAAACAUUUGAUCGAGAGUCAAACGAAUUUAUUAAAUGAACGAACAAACCUACAAAACGAAAUUGAACAUUUAAAAACACAAAAAGAACUAUUAUUUCCCAUGUUAACAAAAUAUGAAAAUAUUGUAAAUAUCAAUAUCGGCGGUCAAAUUUUCUCCACAACACUUCAGACAUUAACAAAAGAAGAAUGCCUUUUUUCAGCUAUGUUUAGCGGUCGGAUAAAAAUACCUGAACAAAAUGGUACACCGUUUAUCGAUCGUGAUCCAACACAUUUCAGAAUUAUUUUAAAUUACUUGAGAACAAAUGUAUUUGUAUCACCGAAAACUGACCAAGAAGUUGGCGAAUUGGCGCUUGAAGUUGAAUAUUACCAAAUCAAAUCACUUUUGAAACUGAUCCGAAAGCAAACGCCAGAUGGGGACAAAAUUUUGGUGGAAAAGCUUUUAUUUCAUCCAAUUGAUCAUCAUUUUGGUGUCGUUAUAUCAGAAGAUGGAUUAACAGCAACUACUCGCGGUGGAUGCGACGCCUCUCUUUAUGCAUAUACAAACGUAACAUGGAACAAAGGAGUUCAUUAUUGGGAAAUUAUAUUGGAUACUGAACCAGGUCUGCUAUAA